UUUGGCGAUGCGUCGACGACAAAAUAUGACGUCAAAUACAAAAUAUGACGUUGACGUCAUCAACGCUUCGCUACAGGCCUACUGAGGAUGCAUUUGAAGCUCCAUUUGAUCCCGCUCUGCUGUUCCGUGUGGCGGCUGCCGGGAUGGAUGAGGCAGACAAGUACCAGCAGCGGCUGCAGGCCAUCGCCGAGAAGCGUCGGCUGCAGGAAGAGGAGGAUAAAGCCAGAAGAGAAAGGGAGGAUGAGAGGAUUAGACAACAGCAGCUCAAGAGGAAGUCUCUGAGAGACCAGUGGCUGAUGGAAGGCGCCCCCCUGUCCCCGAGCUCCCUGAGCGCCCAGAGCCCCCGCUCUCCUCCGCGGGGGUCCCCAUCGCCAGACAUGGACGGGUUGGAGAAUUGGCAGCUGGCGGUGGAGCAUCACGAGCUGCAAAUGGGAAACGGCCAAACGGAAGCUGUAAAGGUGGCAGAUGCUGAACCAGAAAGGAUCCACGUCGUGCAGAACGGAGACGGAGGCGCAGCAGCGUUAGAAACAUCUACUCCAGGUUCCCCCACCUUCGCUGGGGGAGAGUUGAGCCCGAGCAGUCGAUGCAGCUCCUCGGAGGAGAGGGAGUCGGUCAGAAACGGAGCCGCCGGAGAAGCUGCAGCCGCCGGAGAAGCUGGAGCCGCCGGAGCUGCAGAGAGUUUUCUGAGGAUCAAGCUGGAACCAGAGACGGCUGAGUCGAGCCAGGUUUCAUAUGUCAGCAUUUAUGAGGAGGAAGAGGAGGAGGAAGAGGAGGAAGACGAAGGCAUUCUGGUGACCAGGGCAGAAGUUGUGUACAUCUCGGACGAAUGUGACGAUGUUCCCGAGGAGCUCAGGUCUCAGGAGCUCACGGGACCAGAGGAAUCCCCUCCGAUGAUUAGUGAAGCAGGAGAGGACACGACGAUCGAGACGGCUCCAGAAACCAAGCCCUCCUCACAAGAUGAAGAUGGAGACGAAGACGACGACGGCACGGAGUCAAGCAGCUCUGAAGAUGAAGAGAUAGAAACCGAGAGCUCGGAUGAAAAGCUGCAGCUGCUGCUACAGUCACCGGCCGACGCUGCAGAGGGCGCUGCAGAGCUGCCGCCGCCUCCGUGCUCCAGUCCCGGGACGGAGACGGAUCCAGAUCCAGAGCCUGAGGCUCGGGGAGAAGCUGAAGCGGAGGCCGAGGCCGAGGUGGAGGCCGAGGCCGAAGCCGAGGGGGAAGCCGAAGCCGAGGCCGAAGCCGCCGCCGAGGCCGAGGCGGCUUCAGCGUCCAAACCUCAAAGUCCCGCCUCGCCGUCUGCUCAGUUCCAGGAGAUCCCCCUCACCGAGCCCCUUCUGUCAAAAGCCAAAGCCUGCGACGCCGAAGCAGCGAAGCCCCGAGCAGAAGCAGAGGAGAGUUUCCCCAGAGCAGAGACACCCAAAAGCAAAUCCUGCCGCUGCUGCUCCGUCAUGUAAAACAGCUUUACAGCUCUUCGCUCGCUCUGCACCUCAAUUCACAACUCAUUCCCUCCAACAUCUUUCUGUUUUAUCAAUUCUAUUGUUUAUUUUAUUGACUCCGUUUUAUCCAAAGCUGCAAAACCUUUUUAUCCUGAAUGUCGCUGCAGCCAGAAGUAAAGUGGAACACGGAAAGGGCUCGUGUUUUACUGAACUUUGAGCUUUUAAGUGCCUCGAUUUGAGCUCGCCGUCUGGGACUGCACUGUUUUUGAUAAUAACCUUCCUCUGAAGUGGACUGAAGCGUGGAGGGUUUUUACUGAGCGUGAUGUUUUCUGGAGCCAACUCGUCCACACAAAAGCCCCUCAAUUUAAAUUAAAAUGUAAACUAAAUACAUGCUGUUUUUAAACUGUUGUAUCCACAUGUGAAGCUCGGUGAUGCAGCACCGCUUUAAUUUCAUAAAAGCUGAGUUACGUUGUUGAUUUUUUGGGAUUUUAUGAGAAAUACUAAUCAAUCCGAGCGCAGUUUGUGACCUGAAGGUUUUCUUUGCUCUGUGACACUGUUUUAUACGACAGAGUAUUAGGGCCAAACUAAGACAAAAAAAAGAUUGGAAAU